GAAAAGAAAGAAAGAGAUUUAGAGAGAGAGAGAGAGAGAGAGAGAAAACACAACUCCCCAUCUCUCUCAAUCAAAUCUCCUCUGCUCCAGAAACUAAAAGAUCCUAUCUUUUCCCCUGCUCCAUGUACCUCUCAUGAUAUUCCAGGCCAACUGCCGCCACAGCAGAAGCGCCACCACCGAUUACGCUAGUAAAUUCUAUUCCUUCCCAGAAUCCCAGUAUGUUUCAUAUCUUCAGUGCUUAGAAAAGUUUACAAGAGUUUGAUUCUAAAGAUUACAUUUCCCUACGUUGUGUACUUUUCUGGGAUGUGUUGGUUUCGUGGGUGAUUGGGGCAAGCAUUGGUUUUGGUUGAAGUAUUAGAUGGAAGGUGGUAUCUAUACAGGCAUAGGAAAUGGUAUGCAGUUGGAUAGUAAGGUUGCGCAGACAUUUCAGAAGAGCUUUGUACAAGUACAAGACAUUUUGGAUCAGAACAGAUUGCUUAUAAAUGAGAUUAACCAAAAUCAUGAGUCGAAGAUCCCAGAUAACCUCAGCAGGAACGUGGGCUUAAUUAGAGAGCUUAACAACAACAUUAGAAGAGUGGUAGAUCUCUACGCUGAUCUCUCCAGCAAUUUUUCCAGGUCAAUGGAUGCCUCAUCUGAAGGUGAAUCUGCUGGGACCUUGAAGUCAGAUGGAAAAUCUGGUGAGAAGAGAAUUAGAUCCGGGUAAUUGUUCCAAAUAUAGCGUUGUUGUAGCCAUAGAUCCUGCAGUUUUCAUUCACUUAAUAAGGAAAAAAAGCUGUGAAUUUGUGAUUUAGAAAAAUAACUUCAUAAGAAUGAGGUGCUCUUUUGUAUCAAUAAUGUCUAUCUAUUUAAGGCGUUGAGCCACGUUUUUACUGCCACAAACUAUUAAGAAAUCUCAGUAAAAGACUAUAGCUCUGAAGA